ACCUCGCCGAGGAGAGAGACGGGGAGGGAGGCAGAGAGAGAGAGAGAGAGAGAGAGAGAGAGAGAGAGAGCGCCCCACUCCACUCCACCUCUCCACUCCGCAGGUCGCCGCGCGGAGUGGCUCCUUCGAAUCGGAGCCCUCCUGCUUCGCCUAACCCUAACUCUCCCUCCUCCGCCCGUCCGCCGUGGGGCGCCGCCGCAGGCAGGCAGGAUUUGGAGCUGAGAGUAAUGAAAUAAGAUGCUCCUCAAAAGCAAAUUCAAGCUGGCCACGGCCGUCGGCAUCAUCUUGUCGAUGCUGUCGCUGCUGGUGCACCUUUUACUUGCAAAUUAUUCUGCCGGGGGAAUUAGUAAGUACAGCGUGGACAAUGUUCUUCCAUUUGGAUCGAAGCCUCGACCCCGUAGGUUGUGGGGUCCAUUGAGUACACUUGAUCACCUACACCCUUAUGCAAAACCUAGACAAUUGUACCCUGCUCCAGCUAAGGAUAAUGGUUUUAUUUAUGCAAAGAUUUAUGGUGGCUUUGAGAAGAUACAGUCUUCAAUCUGUGAUCUUGUCGCCGUUGCCAGGCUCUUAAAUGCCACUCUUGUUAUUCCUGAGAUACAAGCGACAACUCGUGCAAGAGGAAUCAGUUCAAAUUUCAAAAGUUUUUCGUAUCUCUAUGAUGAAGAGCACUUCAUUGCUGCACUUUCCGAUGACGUGCCAAUCGUGCGGGGUUUACCAAAGGAUCUUAGAGAGGCUAGAAAAAAGAUCAAAUUCCCCACAGUAUCUCCUAAGAAUACAGCCACUUCAGAUUAUUACACCACAGAUGUCUUGCCCAGACUUGUCAAAUCAAAAGUCCUUGGGAUAAUCGUUAAUGGAGGUAAAUGUCUCCAGUCAAUUCUUCCUGCAAGCUUGGAGGAACUUCAGAGACUUAGGUGCAGGGUAGCUUUCCAUGCUCUCAAGUUCCGUCCAGAAAUUCGGUCUCUCGGUAGCCAAAUAGUAGGAAGGUUGCGAGCAUUUGGUCGUCCUUAUCUGGCAUAUCAUCCAGGAUUGCUAAGAGAUACUCUAGCUUUUCAUGGUUGUGCUGAACUUUUCCAGGACAUCCAUACAGAAUUGAUUCAGUAUAGAAGGAAUCAGAUGAUCAAACGAGGAACUGUGAAGGAACAACUAACUGUUGAUUCAGUGUCCAUAAAGAAAAAUGGUUCAUGUCCACUGAUGCCAGAAGAGGUUGGACUUCUACUCCAAGCAUUAGGUUAUCCAUCAACUACAAUAAUAUACUUGGCUGGUUCUGAAACUUUUGGUGGGCAAAGAAUACUCAUUCCUCUACGAGCUAUGUAUGCCAACUUAGUUGAUCGCACUUCCUUGUGUAGUCAGAGGGAGCUAUCUGAUUUAGCUGGCCCAGAGUCUCCUCUCUCCUCUGAUUUGCCGCAUCCUCCACCUCCCAAGAGCGAGAAGGAACUCAUUGAGGAAUGGAAAAAAGCAGGGCCUCGUCCGAGGCCGCUGCCUCCACCUCCUGCAAGGCCAUUUUAUGCCCAUGAGAAGGAAGGGUGGUAUGGGUGGAUUGGUGAGAAUGACACGGAACCUGAUCCGUCGCCCAUUGAAUUUAGGAGGCAAGCUCACCGAUUGCUGUGGGACGCGCUUGAUUAUUUUGUUUCUGUUCAAGCUGAUGCAUUCUUCCCUGGGUUUCACAAUGACGGGAGUGGUUGGCCGGACUACUCAAGUUUGAUUAUGGGACACCGGUUAUACCAGACCCCAUCUGGUAUAACCUAUAGGCCUGACAGAAAGACUGUUGCUGCACUGUUUGAAAAUGUCAGCGAUCAUCUGUAUCAUCCACCACGGAAUUGGACAAUGGCUGCACGUCAGCAUCUCAAUAACAGUGCAGGCAUAGAGGGCAUCAAAAUGUCAGCUAUGAUGUCAAAACCUGCAUCUUUUCUUGCACACCCAUUACCGGAGUGCUCUUGCAGAAUGGCGAAGUCACCUGUUGUCCAACCGGUGAAAGAUAAGCAUGGUGCGCUCCUUUUUGGAGGUGAAGAAGACUGCCCUGAUUGGAUGGUUCGCUCCCUGGCAAUCGUGUCUACCAAGAAUAAUGAACCUCAAAGUGAGGAUUACGAGGGUGAGUUGCCCGAAGAUGAUCCUAGCCAAGACACGCAGCAGGAAUCCGAUAGAAGCGACACAAAUAAAUCCUCAGAGCAAGAUGAGGAGAUGGACCCCGAUGAUUGAAAAUAUGUGGAGAUGGAGCUUACCCAUUAUGCGCUAUGAGGCCCAGAUUAGUCGAGCAACUACCAGCUCCAGAUUACGCAAGCAAGAUCAGCGUACAUUUCAGUGAUCUACUUGGCCAGAGGGCACUUGCUUACACUGACACAUCAUGGAAGCAUCCAGGCAUGACAGGAGUGCCGUUGACCUUGGAUGCUUGCGUGAAUUAUCUUCGGUAUACGACCUCGAUACAGAAACUAACACUUAGGUUCUUUUAUUUCUGCAUUCCUUUCUUUUUUGCUCUUUUGCGGGUACAACCUGAAGAAAUUGUUUCUGUAGAAAUGUCUAACAACAAGAAGGAUGGAAACAUUAAAUUUUUGGCGAGCUUGGUUUCUAAGAGCGUCUGUAAAGGACUUCUAUUUUGCUCUAUAACUGAUGGAUCUUGCAUUGUGGUGUAUGUAGUUGGCGGAUACACUCAGCUCAUGAUACAGGUGAAAACUCUGGCAGGUAAUUCAUGA